AUUUUCACAAUACAAUUUUCCGCGGACACUUUGAAGCCGUUGAUUGAGCAUCAAAAGGUGUCAGCUUUUGCCGAUUUUCUUCCUGUUGAAAAUAUUUAAGAUUUUAAAAGGUGAAGAUGAGCCUAAAGGACUUUGUCGUCCCUCUUCGUCUGAAAGACCUUCAGCAGGGUACAGGGAUCAACCAGUACAUCGUUGAAGAGGUUUACCCACUAAGACAGGUUGCAGACAAGAUUGUCGGUUGUAAGUCAUCCCUUCAUCAUGAUGGAUCCUUCAUGAUUCUGGAUCAUUUUGAUAGCUUCUACAGUCUACUCAGACAAUUCUCAAGUGUUGAUCAAGAUGCUAAAGAGGAGGCAUGGGAGAUCAUUUUGACAGCCUGUGCAAGGAAUGUGGAUGCGCUCACCAAGUUCAUUGAGAGUCCUGACAAUGACCCUAAGUUCAGACAUCUCCUUCUCAACGCAACCAAGAUGACCACCUACGUCCUAUGUCAGCUGACCGAAGCGUUUGAGACAGAGGCUUGUAAACCCUCGACAGAUACCGCUACCAUGAAAGGAAGGGGUCGAGGUAAGAAGACGGUAAAAGCAGGUGCGUGGGACUGGGACAGUGAGAAGGAGAAAUCGCUGCAAUGCCUCAUUCAAACUCUCCAACUUGAUAUCUGUCGACUAUGGGAUCCUCCAGUAGUAGAAGAGGAAUUUGUCAAUCUUGUGAGCGGUUGUUGCUAUAAGAUGUUGGAGAACCCGUCCAUCACCAGGAACCAUAGCACCAGAGAUGUAAUCACGCAGACCUUGGGACUUCUCUUCAAAAGAUACAACCAUGUUCUAGGUGGGACCUUGAAGAUGUUACAGCUGGUGCAGCACUUUGAGCACCUACCCGGACCCCUGGCCCAAACAGUACAGACCAUUGCUAUCCAGUACGGUGUUAAGAGUGUCGUCAAUGAAAUCAUGAGGGAAAUCGGUAGCAUAGACUCACACGAUCUGACCAGGGACAACAGUGGGACUCGUUCUUAUGCCAGCUUUCUGGUUGAGAUGGCUGAACGGGUUCCAGAUGCCAUGCUACCUUGCAUCAGUCUUAUUCUGUGUCAUCUAGAUGGAGAGUCCUACACCAUGCGGAACGGAGUGCUAGGAGUCAUAGGUGAGAUUGUUAUCAAAGUCCUGAGCAAGGAACAGCUGGAUAAGAAGGCUAAGACUGCCAGAGAUCAACUACUGGACAAACUUGAGGACCACAUCCAUGAUGUCAACGCUUUCAGCCGUAGUCGUGCCCUGCAGGUCUGGCUUCACCUGUGCCGUGAGCGCGCCAUUCCCCUGUCCCGACAGCACACCGUCAUGGAGCUCACCAUCGGCCGUCUCAGGGACAAGUCUAGCAUCGUGCGCAAGGGAGCCGUCCAGCUCAUUUCGGCCUUCCUCACCAGCAACCCUUUCGCAGCCAAGCUAUCUGCAGAGGCGUUACAGGUCAACUUGGAGAAAGAACAAGAGAAGCUGAAAGCAAUGAUGCCUGAUGAGCCAGAGACAGUUGCUAAUGAUGUGAGCCGUAAUCCUGUGGAUAACUGGACAGCGAUGGAGCCCGAGAUCAAGACUACCAUCCGAAAGAUCUUGGAGGAGGAGUCAGAGGAUGAGGAGAGUUUGAUCCAGAUACCGGAAGAUGCAUCUCCAUUGGAUACUAUUGAUGAGAUGAUUGAACUCCUUGACAAGUCCCAGCACACCAAGGCAAUCACGUUGCUCCAAUCUGCCCAGAGCUGCUGGCCUGAUCAUCAAGCGUUCAUCCCCCUCUCUUCAGAGGAACCCAGAUCUGAUGACGAGGAUGAAGAGCUUUCUUCUGAUGGGAAGGAUCUCCUACAGAUGCUCAAGGCUAUCUACCUUGGUACAACAUCGUCGACCCCUGUACCUGAUGGCUACAACCCCGCUGACCUGGUCAAGAUGGGUGAGGAUGGAGAACCAGAGGUCAAGAUGACCGAGGUUGAGGAUGAUAACCCAGUGGUCAACGAGCUCAGCAAACAACAGAUCCUUGUCCAGUACCUAUCUGAUUGUGUCAAGUUUGCCGGUAUGGUGAAGAUGUGUGUCCCGACCGUCUGUGAGCUUCUAUCGUCCAAGCAGACCACCGACAUCCUUGAAGCGGUCAGCUUCUUCGUCACUGCCCAUGAGUUUGGGGUGUCCAAUGCAGCGGACGGUGUCCUGCGCAUGAUGGGGCUCAUCUGGUCCAAGGAACAGUCUGUCAAGGACGCGGUGGUGACCGCUUACAAGAGACUCUACCUCAACCCCAAUGGAAAGACCGUCAGAGCAAGAAGUCUGGCUGUCGUGCGUAACCUGCUGCAGCUGACCUGCGGGGCAAGCCUCGGGGAGCUGACCUCGUUGGAGGAGAUGGUGGCUGAGUUCACCAAGAAUGGGGAAUUCCCCUCCCAGACCACUCAGAUCCUAUGGGAGUUCUUUACCAUGAAGCAUCCAGAGACCACGCCCGCUGAGAGCAGGGCAGCGCUUCAGCUGCUCGGAAUGGCCGCUCGUGCUGAUCCUGGCAUUAUUCACAGCAAUGUUGAGGUGCUGGUGUCCGAGGGUUUGGGAGAACGAGGGACGAAAGACUUUAUCCUUGCCAAGGAUACGUGCCUUGCUCUACUCAAACUGGUUGGCAGUGAAAAGCCCAAAGUUUUGAGCGGUAAGGAGCAGUACAGGUUGGCCAGCACGCAUGAGAUCUUCAGUAGACUUGGGGAUAUCCUUGUUCAGGGUAUGACCGAUCUAGAGAACAAGUACUGGGUGCCUCUAGCAGAGACCGCUGUGAAGACCAUCUACCGUCUCGCUGAACACCCUGACACUCUCUGCGGUGACUUACUCAAACGCCUCGCCGCUGUGCUACUGGCUAGCAGGGAACAGUCUCCAGAAGUGGCCUCAGAAGAGGCAACAGAGGGUGAAGAGAAAAGUCCAACGACUGGUUGUCCAUCAGGUUUAUUAUCUCGUCUGAUGGCCAUCUCUGGUCAGAUCGCCCUUCAACAAUUGAUCCACCUCGAUGUGAUGGUGCAGUGUGAGCUCAAACGAAGACACAAUGUUCAAGAGAAGAAGAAGGAAGAUAAGAAGGAGAAAGCAAAGAGUGAAGGUGAUAAUGCAAACAUAGAAGAUGAGAUGGGUUUAGCCGGAGCUACAGCCGAAGAUGCGGAAGGAGAGUUCAUCAGGCGCAUCUGUGAUACUGGUAUUGUGACAGGACCCAAUCUUCUUGGAGCCAUAAAGCCUCUGGUGGUCCUGAUCUGCAGUAAUCCGGUCAAGUACUCCAGCCCAGAGCUUAGGGCUACCGCCAGCUUGGCCUUGGCUAAGUUCAUGCUGGUCAGUGCAGAGUUCUGUGAAGCACAGCUACAACUUCUCUUCACGGUCCUUGAGAAGUCCCCAGAAGCAAUCAUCCGAGCUAAUACAAUCAUAGCCAUCGGAGAUCUCACUUUCCGUUUCCCGAAUCUCAUCGAGCCAUGGACUGCCAACAUGUAUGCCAGGCUUCGUGACCCGUCAGCCCACGUCCGUAAGAACACCCUCAUGGUACUGACCCAUCUGAUCCUCAACGACAUGGUCAAGGUCAAAGGUCAAAUCAGCGAGAUGGCCUCCUGCAUCAUCGACAGCGAGGAUCGCAUCGCUAGUCUGGCCAAGCUCUUCUUCUUUGAGCUCUCGAAGAAGGGUAACGCUGUUUACAACAUCCUACCAGAUGUGAUCAGUAGACUCUCAGAUCCAGAACUAGCUUUACCAGAGGAGGAUUUCAAGACAAUCCUUCGAUAUCUUCUGUCCUUCAUCCAGAAAGACAAACAGGCGGAGUCCUUGGUAGAGAAACUGUGUCAUCGUUUCAGGGCUACCAGAUCUGAAACCCAAGUCCGUGAGCUAGCCUUCUGUCUGUCACUGCUGAACUUCAACGACAAGGGAUUCCGCAAGCUCCAGGAGAACGUUGCCUGCUAUGCCGACAAGCUUGCUGAUGCGGAGGUCUACGGGUACUUCACUACCAUCAUCUCCAAGGCCAAGAAGGCGGUCAAACAAGAAACAAAGGUUCUAGUGGAGGAUUAUGAGCAGAAGAUGAAUGAAUUCCAUCUGAAAGGAGCCGAUGAGAAUGCUACGGCCGAGAAAGCGUCUAAAGCUUCAACAGCUGCUGCUGCACUCACUAAAAAGAAUGGCAAAACGCCAGCAGCCAAGAGACGAAGCAAGAAGGGACAGACCCCUGCCAGGACCCUCAAGGAGAAAGAUCUAAACCGCGCUAGCGACGAGGAGGAAGAAGACGAUGAUGACGACGAGGACGAUGUCGGUAACAGACGCAAGCCCGAUGUUCUCAAUACCUCGCUCCCUGAUCCUGGCUCCGCCCCUAGGGUGAGCAGGAAGGGGCGUAAGAAGGUACCCCCUCCUAUAGCCUUCUCUAGCGACGAGGACAGUGAUGAUGUUUUUGCUCCUCCUCGAAAGCCCAAGAUGAUUCUUGAUUCAGAGAGUGAAAGUGAUGAGGAGAACAUCAAUCCAUCCAAGUCAAGAUCAGUCAAGAGGUCAACCAAGCCUAAGGGAAAGACACCUGCGAGAUCUCGCAAACAACGGCCCUCUCAACAACUGGAAACUUAGAACAGAGAUGUGUAUAUUCACCAGUCAUCUUUUAAGUGUAUAUUAACCCAUCAUUUUUUUUCAUGUGUAUAUUUUCAAGUCUUUAUUUGAGAGAAGUGCCUGACAAUAUUUUAGAGAUAGUUGCAGAUAGUAGCAAGUUCUUUAUCCUUAAGAAUGACAUCGUACUUCCACUAUCAUAUUAAGAAUCCCGGUGGUGUCACUGACUGUAUAUAGUAUGUAGGAGACUGGGCCAUAUUUUAGCUUAAAGCCACAUAGUAGUCGGUGUCCAUGUACUAUUGCAUCAUAAUUCGCUGACACUAGAUUUGGUUGGAUUACCAAUUAAUGUGUCCCGUGUGUGCAAAAGGUCUCGGAAGCAGCGAAACCGUGGUCCCACCAGAAAAAUACUCCAGCUUGCUUAUAUCUGGGGUUCGAGGGAAACUUGAUAUAUAUGAUGAGAAGUCUAAAGGUGGUGAGCUAAAGCACAGUGCAUUACACAAGAUCUGUCUGUCGUAAAAGUCGAGUCCACUCUUGGGAAUUGGCAACACCUGUUAUUUGGUAAAGACCAGAAUGGUGUCAAAUUCCCCUUCAAAUCCCCCUACUAUGCCUAUUUAUGGGUGCAUUCAAGUUUAGGGAAAUGUUUUAUUGGGGGGGGGGGGGGGG